CUCCACUCCAGAACGUCAAAGCUUCCAGCCCGAGGAGUUUCCACAUCCCCUCACAACCCCAUCCGUGGGACCGCCCGCGAUACCCCAGAACUCGAGUCAGUCAACGAAGCCCCAGGUACCUCGCGAUCUAUACGAUCGAUACGAACAACGACGCCAAAUAACCCAGCGGCAACCUCGAAGCGAAAAAAGAAAUGGACAUGAUCGCAUCAGACAGCCGCUAAGAAGAGUCCCCGCCGCUCAUAUGCCCAAUUCUCUGUGUCGAGCGGCCACAAUUCCAUUAUGCGAGCCGUGCCUCCUGUGCUGCGACAUGUAGCUCGCUCGCGCCGCUCCACCAUAUCGCACUUAUACACGGACGCUGCGCACUUACAGGUAUCUGGACUACCAUCAUGCGUCAACUUUUCAACGAGCGCGCGCUGGUCGAGGUCGUUGACGGCAUACGCACUUUCGGAGACUUUGGGGGCGGAAGAGGACCACGGUGUUCGGAAUACACAGAAGGCUCGGGGCUCGGCAGUGCAGGCGCUACCAGGCCAAGCGUCUACCACAUACGACCUGUCAGCAUGGUCGGGCUUUCGGUCAUCCCGCAUCGCCAACCAGCCCUUCAACCGUGACGAUUGGGAUAUUUUGACGGCCACCGAGGAAGACUUGCGCUUCCAGUGUGAUGUCCUUGCAGAUUCGCCCGAGGAUGGAAAGCCGCGACUGGUUGACUGGCCACAGUAUGCGAACGACAUCACCCUUUGGUCGUGCAUACUUGAGCACCGCCAACGCACCGAAGGAGAUGCCGGAGUCGCAGCAGUGCUCGAGGGCCUGCAAAAACGGCGAACCUUGACGGAAGUGGAGGGCUCAACUGCCGAGAAAUUCUGGCAAGCAAUACUAGACGUGGCCGUUCACGAUCAAGCAACACUGCACAGUGCUUGGUCCUAUGCUGAGUGGCUCCACAGUGACCGCGGAGUCCUUUGGCCAAACCUCUACGCAGGUGUUGUAUCUUUCUUCAUAGCACAACAGGAUACACAGUCAACGCUGCUUUGGCACUUACGCCUAAGCUCGUCGUUUUGCUCCGACUCAGAACCCCUUACCCAAGUGCUGAAGCAGUUCAUCACUAAUUCAGACGCAAAGGUUCGAGAAAUCCUACAAGCACUUUACAUGACGAGUGUCCGCCAAAACCUCUACGACGAGAUGAUUCCUUACCUCUUCGCUCAAGGAGAGGAAGGCAUUGCCCGUGAUUGGCGUCGGCUGUUUAUUUCUCACAACGACUUGCCAACAACCGAAGCUUCGCGGCCAUUCUUACAGUUCUUGGUCGGCUUUCAUCCGAAAAUCCAGUUGACCGACAAAGAACAUUCCUUCCUUAUACCGCCGAGUAAAGCUGCGCUUCCAAGUAGUGCAGACCUGAACAGCCUGUUAAGGGACGACAAGUCGCAAGUUGGUAUCAACUUCAACUACCAAAUCUCCAAAGGUCUGGGUAAUGUGUUCGGCAUCAAAGAACAAACAGAUAAUGACAGCUUGGGCGCUAGAUGGUUUGCGACCCUCGACUUCUCCAUCGAAACCAUCAUUGGCACAAUCUCGACUCUCGGCUUUUCUGAAAUCGGGCCACUCUCGUUACAGUCUAUAGCCCGGCGCGAACCCUCCCCUGGCCGACUCCUUCAUCAAAUUGCACAGCUGCAAGAGUCUGGAAUCGGAAUUGGUAACUCGAGCUAUUCGAAAACACUACAGCACUUUGCUACAGUUGGCGACGAGGAACUGUUUGAGGGUCUUGUUAAUACAACCAUGCAUCCGGAAGAAUUCGACAACUUCGCCAAGCACCCUUCAUUCCUGAGUUUCGCUGCUGCGGAGGGAGACUUUAUGCUCUGUCGGCUCCUUGUGGAAGCUAGCCAUCUCAACACAAGGCAGAUUCUGAAAGAGUCAACGAACGAAGCAUUGUUGGUCUGCUUGAAAGCCAACAGCGCUUCACAUAUGGUUGGCUUCUUGGACAUUAUGGCCGAUGGAAAUAUCGAAAUGAUGCACUCUACGGCCGAUGCCAUAUCAAAACAUGUAUGCGAAGAAAUAGUACCACGGCCUGCGAAAGAUGGCGUGGACAUUUCCUCCUAUGCCACCAUGUAUAGACGGCUUCUACGAUUCGGAUAUCCUCUCGCGUCCAAGGCUUCUCAGAUCAUUCUUUUCAGACUCGGACGCGAAGGACUGCAUGACGAGCGCGACGAUCUUGCAUUGGACAUUGUUAGUUUCUAUGAGGGUAAUCUGGGACCCGAGGGGGGCUUUUUCCGAGUUCACAAGCUCGAUCUACCCGACGCAGUCGCUCAGCAAUUGCCCAAGUCAGAAAGGUUUCUGAGCCUUCCAUCCGGAAUGAGCACAACGAGUCCCUACCAUCCACUGCAUUUGGUUUUUGGUAGGGAGCUCCUGGGGUCAAUCAUCCGCUGGGGUUUUCGCAGUUCCCGCGGCAUGCCUCGGGAUGCAACAGAAUUUUCGAAGCCAGAACACUUCUUCUUCGCCCGAGGCAUCAAGCUCGUAGCAAUGCUCAAGGAGAAGGGAGUGCGGGCCGAUGACUCUUGGGCGCGCUCGGUCAUUGUCCCGGCUCUCACCGUUCUUUUGGUUUCAGGCGAGAUCAAGCGCUUUCACCGGCCCCCGAAACACGGGCAUCACUAUGUUACCCCGAAAGUGAGGGAGACGCUUUCGCUCAAAGAAGCCAUCAGGUUGUGUAAUUAUGCCUGGGGUUCCUACGUCCUGGAACGUUUGCCCGAGUUGGUUCAUCACUCAAUGAAGGAGUGGAAGCUCAAGCUGAAACAGUCCCAACCAGAACUGUUUAUACCUCACAAACGCGAAUAUGCGGUGGGGAGCAAGCUGUGGGUGAAGUAUGGCCCCGGCGGUAGGCCACCGUUCGCCACAAAACUUAAACAUCAACAUCGACAGCAACAAGAGGAAGCAGACGCCAAUCUAGUCCCAGAUGCGCAAAGCUCAAGCGUUUGGAAAAGCUCAAAAGCCAAGACGGAAGACGAUUUUUUCCAGGAUUUUGAGGGCUUCGAUCGCUUCCUCAAGUAACAGUAAGAAGCAGUCAAGCUGCUGCGGGAUACACAGUACCGACCUAACUACCCAUCAUCUAUUUCUUAAUUUGUCCUCCGACUUUCGAUAUGUG